CGUCAUCGUGACGUUUCAAUUUCGGGAUUCAAGCAGAAACAUCAAGUGAGAAGCAUGGUCAAACUUACAGAUCAAGACUAUAUUUUUCUUAAGAAAUUUGUCUUUGAAAAUAUUGAACAGGCCCUGGAGGAACUGGCCCAGGAACACCCAGAUGGUUCAACCACGAUAGACAUUACUUUACAUCUUCUACGCAUGCACUAUAAGAUAAAGAUUCUAGGACACUUCAGCCCAAUAGAAGCUGAGACCGAGGUCAUUGAAGCACUGGAUAAAAAGGUCUCAGAAAACAAAGUCCUUAAAAAUGAAUUGGGCAAGUUUGUCAAAUGUUAGACUUGGAUUUUAACCAGGUCUACCUUAUUGUUAUUGACCCAGCCAGGCAUAGUGACCAACACCAUGGAAGGUACAGGGCAAGCAGUAUGUUGUGCAAGGGUGAUGUCCUUAAGGAUGGCAGUGACGCUGACUGUUGUUCUACAGGUGACCUGGCUAAGGUUCAACAUACUGUCUACACUGCUACUUCUGAGGCCUGGACUGCACUCUACAACAUGUUGGAUCUCAUGCAUGUCAAGCUUGCUUUUGUCCAUUGGCAGGUGAGCACUUUGUCACUCAAGAAAUUGUUUGGAAUUCUGUUGUCCAGGUUGAGCUCAUGUGUUGAAGAAUGUUUUGAAGAAACCUUUAGUAAAGAGAACAAUCUAGUUUGAUGACUUGUGUCCGACUAGUUUCACGGACAGUGAUGUUGUGCUGUGAGAUUGAAUGCAGACUAGGAGGAAAGUGUUGUCGACUGCUGCCCAGGCUGAGGUCACGUGUUAAAGAAAUUGAUCUGUGGUUUGUAAAAACUUUGAAGAAAUUGUUGGUGGCUGCUGUCUUGGUUGAGGUCAUGUGUUACAAAGUAUUAUGUAAUUAUUAGACCAUUUAAUAAAAAUGUUUUGUCAAAUCA